AUGAAUCCUCCGGAAGAAUAUGUCAUCCGGACGAGUAGGAACUUUUCCAUUACGAUGAAAGAACACAACGGUGGUAGUGAUGACUGGGCUGUCAAGCAGAGUAAGGCGCAAGUGUACAGUUUAGGUCUAUCCCCCACUGAUGGACGAAGGAUUGAUGAAGCGGCCAUCCCAUUUGAUGGGGCCCAUACGGAGGGAAGGAGCAUGAAUUCACAUCUCCCCUACUGUGAAGUGAAUGACAAUUCAAGUAACCACAUGAAGAACAGGAGAGGGAAUGAUUUCCCUUCGAAUGCCCAUCCCUCUGCCCGAUUUCGCUGCUCACGUUACCGAUCAUCCAGAGGUGGACGCUCAAAUGGAAACAAAUUUUUUGCAAAUAAAACUCUCUACUUUGCAACGCCGCCAGCUAGGGAGACCCCUCACCAGGGGGAUGAAGCCGCGGUGCAACGUGAUGCAUCUGGUUUGGUUAACCAUUCCCAUCGGGGAAAUCUCCGAAAGGGUCAAAAGAGAAAGUGGAGCCAGGCACCUUCGGGGGGGGUCCCCAUGGAAGAGGAAAGCUCCACGAGCGACAAUGAGUGCCUCAAGGAGGAACAUCAUCAGGAGGAGGAGGAGGAGGAGGAAGAAGAAGAACAAGACGGCGACGAGGGGGUCAAUGAGGACGAUGAAGAAGAGGAACCCUUGAACCAAUUAACACACACCAAACACGCAAGGAGGAAAUCGUACAACGAAAUAACCUCCGAUAUAUUGAAGGAUGCAGCGGAGUAUUUUAAAAAUUGCAGAGGGGCAAGGAGAGGAACCAAUUCGGGAGAAGAUCACGGUGAUGACGAGGAUGAUGAGGAUGAUGAGGAUGAUGAGGAUGAUGAGGACGAAGCAACGAAUGACCCGCAGGCACCCCCGGGAGAAAGCCUCUCCACUGGAAACCUGUGCUGUGUCUGCCAGAUUAACGAACACAAAUACAAGUGCCCCUUCUGUGAGGCGCUCUCCUGUUCACUAACCUGUGCAAAGGAACACAAAAAAAUUAAAAAGUGCAAAAAUAAGUUAAAAAAAAACUUAAAGAUAAAAAAAGUUGCAAAAAAAAAUCUAGAUGAGAAUAUGCUACACAGAGACUACAUAUUCCUUCAUAGGGUGGAGUCAAUUCUUCACGGAAAUUAUCGAUAUCUCAGGAUAAAAGAAAAUGAGACAACGAACAUAUGGCUGUACAGUUAUAAUAAACUAAUUAGUAUCUUGAAAAAAAAAAAAAUUUUUUUACUCAAGGCACCUCUCUAUACGAAACUCCAUCAAGGAAACAAGACCACCAUCCGACAUGGUAACGUUUUUUGGAUGGUAAAAGUUACCCUCGUGAAUGACUACCUCUUUGUAACUCAUGAGGACGUCAGCGAAGAGACUCCCCUUUUGCAACUUCUGAACGUAUCCCUAGCAAAAGUGGACAAGAGGAGAAAAAACCUCCAAGUUAACUACCUUGACAAUCUGAAUGCCAUAUGUGUAUCUCUUGAUAGUGUUCAGAUGAACAAGGGAAAAAGAAAGGCGGAUUCCCAUUUUUGUGUUCUGCAUACGCUUAGCGAAAUCCUUCGUGAUCAAACGUUUUAUGAAUACCCGCACCUCAGUUUUCAAAUUAUCCUCCAGGACGGUUCCCCCGUUGAAAAUCCCGCUUACGAAGUGACUAGGCAACGCCUAGAAGGCACUAACGAUGUAGCUGAGGAGGGGCAAACCAACGAGCAGAGGAACAGUGCAGUUGAUGAGGAGGGACACACAAAUGAAGAACUUAAGGAAGUGGAAGAGCAGAGGAACAGUGCAGUUGAUGAGGAGGGACACACAAAUGAAGAACUUAAGGAAGUGGAAGAGCAGAGGAACCAUGCGAUUGAUGAGGAAGAUUCCCCCAGCCAAGCAGAUGCUCCCACCUCCCCCAUCUGUGAUGAACAGACGAAGGAGGAAACACACGUCGACGAACAAACCAACCCUCCUCCGCAGGGUUGA